CUCGCGAUUUUGUAUGAUUGACGUACCACGUGCAAAAAACUAAUUAAUUGCAAAUUCGUACCUAUAUAAUUACCUAUGUACUUAUUAAAGUUUAGCAAACUACAUAAUACAUACAUUCUAGCUCCAGGAUAAAUCUUCGUACUAAAAAAAAUCAUACUUCAUCAUUUUUAAGAUAUGUAUCAAGCAGUUUUUCAAGUUGAAUUUCUCUCACUUUACUUCUCCUACGCAGUAAUAUGGAUCUACUUACGCUCGAAAAUCUUUUCCGUUUCCCAGAUCAGAUUUAUAACUUCGGAUUGUUCAUUCGCAAUUAAACUCAAUUAAAUAUGUACCAAAUAUCGUAAUAUGCAAGUGAGUGCAGUUUUUAUUCGAUUAAUAGCAUCUUGAUUUUUACGCGAAUAUCUACUCGUAAUUUCAUAGAUUCUUAAGUGCAACAAAAUGCUGCUAAUACUAUUUGCGAGUUUAAUUUUCGUGAUCAUUUUUAUGAGUUUUAUCGAUAAAUUUAAAAAUAAAAGGUUCUACAAAUUAAUAAACCAGUUUCCUUCGUAUCCGACGUAUCCGUUGAUUGGAAACCUGAACAUGUUGUACGGUUCUCUGAAUGAUUUACUGGGGAAUUUGGAGAAAAUAAUGCUACCCCAUGACCGCGUGUUUUUUUGGUUAGGUCCCUUUCCUGUUCUAUUUUUGAAAAAGUACGAUGAUAUUGCGACCGUAUUAACUCAAGCUUCACACCGCGAUAUGCUUGGAUUUGGAGAAGAAUGGCUAGGAACCGGAAUAGUGACCGCCAAAUAUGAUGAGUGGAAAGUAUCGAGACGAGCUUUACAGCCUGCUUUCAGUACAGAAAUGCUUUCAUCAUACGUAAAUAUUUUCAAAAAAAAUGCAUCCGCUCUUGUAGAUAGGUUGAAACCAGCAGCACAUUCGGGUAAAAUCAUAGAUGUUUGGGAAAACGUCAUGAAGUGCAAAGUUGACAGUAUCGUAGAAAUCACACUCGGCGUACCAAUGCAGGGAAUAGAACAAAAAGGAAAAGAAUUCAGUGACGCGUUGAUAGAAGCAAGUAAAAGCGUAGCAAAACAAGCGAUAACACCUUGGUUACAACCACGUAUCAUAUACAACGCUUAUUUGAGAUUAACAGGGAAAAUCAAAUUCAUUCAUCAGUUCCAUGCUUUGCCUACUCAAAUACUGCAAGAUAAACUCAAGGAGUACAAAAAUGGAAAAAAUUCAUCAGAACAUGUUGAUUCAUCCAAAGUAAUAAUCGACCGACUUAUCAAAGCAAGCUUUUCAGAAUCUAGUUUUACAGAAACACGAAUCAGAAACGAAGUAACACACGUUAUCUUCGCAGCAAUCGAAAGUACAGGACUAAAUCUAUGUUUCUCAAUGGUGAUGUUGGCUAUUCAUCAGGAUAUUCAGCAACGAGUUUACCAAGAAAUCGAAGAGCUAUUUAAAGACAACGACACUCCCACCGCAGAUCAUUUGUUGAAUGGUUUGAAAUACAUGGAGCAAUGCAUCAAGGAAACCACCAGAAUAUUUUCUCAUUCCACAGUAGGCAGUAGACGUACUCAUAAAGAAUGUACAUUGAAAGAUAACAUGAUCAUACCAGCCAAUACGAUGGUCGCACCACUUUUCUUUUUAGCCAAUAAAGACCCCGAUUUGUAUAAAAAUCCGAAAAAAUGGGAUCCUGAACAUUUCAGCGAAGAAGCUGUAAGAAAUCGACCAAAAAACAGUUUUAUGAGCUUUGGAUACGGACCACGAUCUUGCAUAGGAACCAGAUACGCGAUGCUUUCGAUUAAAACGGAAAUGAUGUACAUUUUACGUGAAUAUCAUUUGUCAACAAAUAUAAAAGAAUUUACGAAAGAGCAUUUGUAUGCAGAUCUGUUCGUAAGGAGUUCGAUUGGUUACCCUAUUAAAUUCACAAGGAGAAAGGAUUUCAACGAUAAUCAAGACUUUUGAGACAUCCUGCAUUUUUGCUUACUUAUUAUUAAUCAGAUGAUCAAGGUGGAUCGAAAAAAUGUGUAUCGUGGAUUUCGACGAAAAUUGGCGAGGAAGUUUACUUAUUCGAGUGGGAAAUUAACCAAGAAAAUUUUAGAGCCCCUCAAAUGUUCAAGAUGAGGCUGACCCAGGGGCCCUCAAAGUAGGGUCCUUUUCGAAAAAGUCCUGAUUAUUUGUCACAUUAUGAUAGCAUAACCUACUCGUAGGCAAUUCUUCGGUGUGAGCCCCCUCGAAAGAUUUGAUUUGAGUUUCUCAACCUCCCUGAUCAAUUUGAAUUCAAAAUUCGAUACCCUUAAUUUUUUCAAAAAUUACUCUACUUUGAGGACCCCAUUUUCAGCCCCUUGAACAUCUGACAAGGGAACCUCUUGAGGUGUCAUACUCCGAUUUGAACGAGACCGCGAUUUUUGGAAAGAGCAUAGUCUAAACCCCCCAAAACCAAAUUUUCAGCUGCCCAAGUUCAUUUUUCGAUUUUUGGCGAAUUUUUAAAAAUUCAAAAUUGACUAUUUUGGUGAUUUAUGCUUUUUUUAAAAAAGUACGUACUUGAUCAAUAAAAAUGGUCAAAAUAAGUCCCAAAACUAAUAUUAAUUACCCAAAUCCAAAUUUCACCAUUUCCAGCCAUUCUGGAGCCUCCAGCGCGAUUUUUCAAUUUCUCCAGAGUUUUGAAUUUGCUCCAGAAGGCGUGAAUAUGCAGUUGGGUAGCUAAAAAUCGAGUUGUGUAUUAUACUCAACCUGUUUAACGAGUUUGUCCACUUUUGAGCCGAUUUUGAGAGUGACACCUCAAAAAUUACUUUCUGACCAGCUUUUUUCAAAAUAAAAAAAUCAAAAAAAUCAAAAGUUUCCCGUUUGUGUGGAAAUUUCCGAAAUUCACGCGAAUCGCUGUAUUCUGUCCUAAACUAACCCCGCAAAUCAAAAUUUCACAAUUUCCAGCCAUUCUGGAGCCUCCAGCGCGAUUUUUCAAUUUCUCCCGAGUUUUUAAUUUGCUCCAGAAGGCGUGAAUAUGCAGUUGGGCAGCUAAAAAUCGAGUUGUGUGUUAUACUCGAUCUGUUUAACGAGUUUAUGCACAUUUUGUUAAAUAGAUACGUAGAGGCGUUGCCAAUGAUAGGAGGAUAAGAAUAUUUCCCUAGUAGGUCAGGAUGAAUCUAACUCCCUAAGAGAUGUAAUAUAUCACCUUUUAAAAUAGUACUUACCCGCUGCUAGCUCAGCUUUUACAACACCAAUAUGCAUAAAUUUAAACAGAUUUAGUCGAGUUUACUUUGUAUUAAUUCGAACCGCACGCGAAAUAAGAACACACGAUAAACACGAAAAGUGUAUUAUAAUUUUGGAAUAAAAUUAUAACACGAAACUUAAGUCUAAAACAUAUAAAACUCUACGCGUAUAACCAAUAUAUAUUCCACCAAAUAGUGGCGUAAGUAGGAUCGCUUUUACCCACCUACGUGUAACUAUCAAAUUGCCCGCGUUGGGUAGCGAAUUUAGAAGACUUAAGUUUAAACGCGAAUACUCUCCCUUAAACACGAACGUUAAGGCAGAGGACCUGGGACUCAAGCACAACUCUUACGUAGGAGUGAGUGGCCUUAUUACUUUUCCGCGGUCAGACCUACCAGACGAAGCGCGAAUCGACAAGUGAAGAUCAAUUCCAUCUCAACUUGGCUUCUAGCCUCGAGUCGAGAAGGAAUUGAGCUUUACGAACUUGUGAGCUUUUCACAUCUGCCCUUAAUGGAACGAUGUGAAAACACCUCUUGGGUGGUUCCCACGUACUUAACACCUUACCUAAGUGCAUCGAGUAUAUGCUUUCAUCUACGUAAAGUACUGUAGAAUCGAACUAUUGAUUGGAUUCUCCAGUACUUCCUUUAGAUGAAAGAUUUAUAAUCCCACUGAGAGAGAUACGAUGAAUAUCCCUGUCUAGCCAGUGAAGGCAUAUUGUCCCCUUACAUUUGCCCCUAACGUGGGUUUACUUCUAAAGUAUCCCCUGAGGAAAUGUAGAGGAAAGCACGGAAAUUUUGAAAAAAGGUGACAUUGUGCUUCACUGGAUGUGACCCUAUUGCCCCCCGUACUUUGCUUGAGUGAUGCGGGGAAUAGUAAUCCCAAAAUAAAUUUUGAAACUCUUUGGUUUUUAUUAUAAUUCCAAAAGUGAGGUGGAUUUUGAGUGUGCUGGUGAGUUGACUCUUACUGAUAAAGAGUAACUACAAUUGACCAUCAAUAUUUGACCGAAGUCAAAAUAUCAAUAAAUCAAUCCAGAAGCUACCUUUGAUCUGGUCACUUCGCAGCAGGGUCAUGGCCGAAAUGGUAAGUAUUUAAGUACGAUUUAAUCUUUGAGGGGGAGGGUUAAUCUAAAAGGUACCCUUCCUCAAUUUUAUGAUUUCAGGAGAAGAUGAAAAAAGCUCAAGAAGUUCGUGGUUGUUUGGCUUUGUUGUCUUUGGAUAGUCUGACCAAGAAUUUUUGAAGAAAAAUUGCUGGUAAGGUUGGCUUGAGUAUAGCUAUUGUUUUUACUAAAAAUUUUGAAAAAUGGAUGAUUUUCUAUUGGAAAGUCAUUCAU